ACUGGAACUGAUGGUACCCUACGCACACAAAGUUUGGCGUGGCACUACAGAACAUGUAAUAGAUCCACAAACCUUUCGGUAGUUUCAAAAGUGACAGUUUCACCUAUGACCAAUACCAUUUUUUCCUGGAAACUUUAGCUAGCUCUACUGUUUCAUUCCAACAAUGUCCGUUUGAGAUCAUUUGGGGAAACGUUACUUCACCCGUGAGAGUCUUUCGGGAAACUUAUUUCUACGAUUGAGUAUCGGUCUUAAGCUUUUGAACUACCCGCCAGUUGACUGAUUUCCUUGGGGUGAUUCAAUCUGCAAAGUUUACCAAAUUCCAGCUCGUUUGUCAAACAAAAUCCUUUGCGUGUUGUUAAACACCUACCAAAUGGAUCUUUCCCGGAGAGCAGCACCAGCCCAAAACGAUGUGCACCCAGCAUCCAGAAAGCCACGUCCUCAGAGUAAUGUGCGUCCCUGGGUGUCCCGUGGACUGUUCACCAUGGCCAUACUCACCCUAUACCUAUGGCCCUCCGUCCUGGGGUCCAUCUUCCCCCUGAACCAAGACCGCUGGCGUCCGUACUUCCACUACUCCCCACACUACGGCUUCAUGAACGACCCGAAUGGUCUCGUCGAGUACAAGGGCGAGUAUCACCUCUACUACCAAUGCAACCCGUACGCUCCGAUCGUAGGCCACGUUCACUGGUGCCACGCUGUGAGCCGAGACCUCAUCCGUUGGGAGCCCCUUCCGAUUGCUCUCUUCGAGUACAACAAUUCGAUGCCCUUUAGUGGUAGCUGCGUCGUCUACAACGACUCACUCGUGGCUGUAUACACCCGCUCGUAUGACACGGGGAUUCAGACGCAGAACAUGGCCAUCAGUCACGAUAAUGGGCGGACUUUCGCGGAGUAUCCAGGGAACCCUGUCAUUGACGAAGGAUCCUUCUCUUUCCGAGACCCGCAGGUAUUCUAUCACAUUCCAACCGGGGAGUUCAAGAUGGCGGUAGCCUUGGCGGGCGAACACUGUAUCCGAUUCUACGGCUCGGCGGACCUGAUUCACUGGCGAAAAUUGAGCGACUUCUGCAAAGCCGGGAACCAGGGCAUCAACUACGAGUGUCCGAACCUCGUCCGACUCCCGACAGAGGGCGGCGGCCACAAAUGGGUCCUCUUCAUCUCCAUCAACCCCGGUGCCCCGCAGGGCGGCAGCACGACCCAGUACUUCGUCGGGGAAUUCGACGGCACCACCUUCACCCCGGACGACUACGCCACGAAGCCCCUCGACUUCGGGAAAGACAACUACGCCCUCCAGUUCUACUCCAACGUGGACCCCCCGACGGCCAUCGCGUGGCUCAGCAACUGGCAGUACUGCAACGAAACCCCGACGGCGACCGAUGAUUCCGGGUGGCGCGGUAUGAUGACACUCCCGCGGACAUUCAGGCUGGUCCCCACGGCGGACAACGGGCUCAUUCUAGCGCAGACACCUCUUUUAAACCAUGUCCAGCGGGCGGCGGUCGAACAUGGAGACAACAGCAGGCGCGUCCUCCCCAAGGGCAAUAAGCCCCUGGAGAUCUGCCUGAGUGUGAACCUGAAACGUGGGAGUCGCGUUGUGCUUUACCUCCAGAGUUCGUUCGACGAGCAGCUUGAAUGGGGAUACGAUGCCAAUAAUGGGCAGUUGUGGGUGGAUCGCGGGAAGACCAAGGGGUUCAGGCAGCGGUUUUUUACCGAUAAGGUGUCGGCUGCUGUUAUACCCGAGUGGACUACUAGCAUCGACCUCUGUGCGAUCUAUGAUAGAUCCUGUUUCGAACUGUACGCUGCUAACGGGACUCGCGUUUGUAGUAGUCUCGUCUUCUUCAAGUUGGACCCCGUCCUUCUUCAGGUCGAGAUCGUCGGCGAGGGCGACAUCACCAACUUGACGGUGAACACUCUGAGCCUGUGAUCUGUCGUCUUAAGGUGAUUUUAUGUGGAUUACAUUUUGCAAAAAGGAACCAAGAGCAUUCUGAUGUUGCUAGGAUUGUGCAACUUACACUCUUCGCAAAUAAUUACUGAUAUCAUGAAAAAAAUUAAAUUUACAACGGUAAUAUUUGAAUGGAAUUCAUAGUUUAUCGGGAGUAAAGAUAAUACUUGUUUGGUUGACCAGUUUCUAUUUGCAAGGUCAAAAAAGCUGCACAAUUUUAGCAACAAUGGAAUGCUCCUGGUUCCUUUUUGCAAAAUGCAAUCCAUGUGAUCCAGGGACGAGAUUCGCCACUACACUGGAAAAAAAGAUUCGUAGAAUUUACCAUUC